CAUCCUUGCUACCUUCGCGGUGUGUCCUCUGGUGGCGUAUUGAUCCAGCUAACUGAUCGUUAGCCCUUUUUUUUUUUUAUUUGUCAGUAUGUUGUCUGUGAUGUCUCAUCGUUUGUCUGUUGUUUCUGGGUAAAUAUACCUGGCACUCGGUGGCUUUAAUGUUCCGUGCAGGUCAUCUAAAAACCAUCGGCAAAGCGGGAACUGGCUGGCACUUUCGCCGGACGAUGGACGAGCUGGUCCAUGACCUGGUGUCAGCGCUGGAGGAGAGCUCAGAGCAGGCUGCUCGCGGCGGCUUCGGCGACGGCGGAGACCAUGCUCUGGCGGUGGGCUGUCUGCUGAAGAGGCAGGCUCGGAAGCGAAGGGGCAGGAAGCGACGCUCGGACAACCCACAUCCGCCGUGGGAGGCGGGCCACCUCAGCGAGGGCUCAGAGUCCAGCGUGGAGGAGCAUAAGGACUACCGUGCCGGCGCAGGAGGAGUCUCCGCUGCCAAUAGCCACGCCCGUGACAACAGCGACUCCGACGACCAGCUUGGCCCCAAAAGGCGACCCUCUCACACGGCCGACCUGGGCCGAAGCAAACGCCCGUUUUGGCCCGACGACCUGGCUGUUCUGGGCUCGGCAGAGGGAACCCGCAGCCUCAGGCGGCGCCGUAAGGUCAAACGCAUGGCCGUCGACCCGCCCGCAGAACCCGAACCCCACUCCUCCAUCAUGCUCGGGCCUCCGCCUGUCCCCAAAGCCCGCGUCGGCGGCAGGCCGCACAGACUGGGCGCCGGCGAGGGCGGGGGAGCCCCGGAGCUCUGUGGAGGGGGUCUGAUAGGGUCCGGGGGAGGGAAGAACCGGAUCAAGAAGAGGAAGCUGGGCGCCCACAGACUGGGAGUGGAAGCUGCUGACGAGGGGGUGGUGGUUGAGAGCGAAGACCCCCUUUCUCCUCCAGUGGRUGGGUCCAAGGACAAGAUGGAGCUGGAGGAGCAAAAGGGCUCAGAUGAGGACAUGAGUGACAGGUGUGAGACCAGCAGUGUGAGUAACAGCAGUGACGGGGGUCUCUAUACCAAUGAUGAGGGGAGGCAAGGCGACGACGAGCAGAGCGACUGGUUCUGCGAGGGCGACCCGGGCUCCGGCUCUGGGCCCAGCGGCGCGUGCGGCAUAGCGGGAGUGGUUCCCUGGUGGGAGCGGGAGACGGCGUCGGAGGAGCUGGACCUCGUCGACCCCGUCUUCAGCAGCAUUCUCACGGGAUCUUUUCCGCUCCUGAGCCCUGGAGCGCAGAGAGGGUUUCAGGCCAGGUUGAGUCGUCUUCAUGGGGGCCAGCAGGGAUCCGAGGCGGGCCUUCAGGGAGGCUCUGGUCCGGGCUUCAACGAGAGGCGGAGCCGACAAACCCAGGACUCACAYGAGCCCUGGUUCAGCUCGGGAUCAAGGAGAGAGCACGGACAGCUGCACUGGGACCCACGAUCAGACAGAGGGCACCGGAGGACCUGUUCAGUAAAAACAGCAAGCAGACAGACCAGCGGACACCUUGGCUCUUUGUGUACAGGGGACAUCAAGCGUAGGCGAAAAGCAGCCCCUCUUGGCACCACUGCACCACCAGGUGUGGUUGGUGAGAACGCGCCCCCUAUCCCUGACUCGAACAUGGGGAAUCGCAUGUUGCAGACCAUGGGCUGGAGCCCAGGGAUGGGCCUGGGCCCAGAGGGACGGGGUAUCACCGAGCCCAUCCGAGCGACUCAGAGACCUAAAGGGGCAGGUUUAGGUUUCAACUGAACAUCCUGUUUUUUGUUUUUGUUUUUUUAAACAGAGAUGAACUUUUCCUCAGGGCCAUUUGUUUUUAAAAAGGUCCAGCCAUGUGAGCUCCAAGRACAAACGAAGCUUGGAGAACAACCAAGAGCGACUGUUGAGACUGAAAGACUUUCCCAUAUUGGGGAAACAAGAAGCCUGGGAUAUCCUCCAAGACUUCUCGUCACGUGACCUAUCGACAGAAACUGGGCUGGAAAAACAACUUCUUUUGCUCAAACUCCAUGUUGGAGAAGAUGCUCUUAUCACGUUACCUCAGAUGCUUGAGGUUUGAAAGCUGGCAGGUUGAGUGUAAACCGAGAGCAGGGCUUGUUAGCGGUCAGCGGUGUGGGGUUGUUAAUUAGAAAUGGUUUUGUCCAACUUUGCACAAGUUUUAGAAUAAAAGGUUUGAGUAGGCCAUACCUCAAAGCACCCUUUUAAUCUUUUGUUGUUGUUUUUUUAUUGUAAUGAAGUUAGGCUCCACUUUAUUGCUGUUAGGAUGUACUCUUCAURUAACUGAGGAGGUUAUGUCAUCGAAACGUUUUUAUUUCUAGKAUAAAAGUCCAAACCACAGAUUUUGCUUCAUGUAUAAUACUGUUAAUGUAUUUGCUGCUGGAACUGCUGCACCUUUACUGCUGCGGCUUGAGAAGAAAAUAUUAAUUUGUACACAUAGUCUUGAUUUAAUUUUAUUUGUUUUACCCAGUAUUAUUUGCUUUGGAACUAUGACAGUUGUAGCCAAACACAGUGAGACCAACUGUUGGGAUCUAGAUGUAUCCCAGUUUUGUACACAUCUGGAAACUGGAGAAGGAAGACCUGUUUUUUUUUUUUUCAGGUUUUUGCUUUAAUCAGACAGAGAUGAAAUGGCCUAAAACACAGAACCCAAAGUGAUGCAUCCAGUGACUUUUAUUAAAAUAUAUUCAGCACAUUUGCUGUCUAAAGUUUUUAGUGAGUGUUUCAUUAUGGCAUGUUGAUCAAUCAUUUUUGAAUUGUUUGUACUUUUAACGGUGAUUUUUCCCAUCUGAACAACCUGCCUUUUCAACACAYAAAGGUUAAGGGCUAAAUAAAAAUGUAGAUUUUAACGUGA